AGAUAAUUUAUUAGUUAAUCAUUUUAUUCCAUUGUUUAAACAAGGGCUGAGUCUAGCUUUGUUUGUGUAACAUAAUUCUAUUUUUUGAUCGUUUAUUAACUUAUUUGUGUUCAUUUAAAGUAACUUGCCCAAUCUUCAGUGCGAAAAAUUUGUGCUAGAUAGUAUCACCAGUGAUUGAAGACACAAAUGCUGCAGUCAUUUAACCUUGACAGUAUACCUGAUGAUGCAUUGUUUGAAUCAGGGACUGAAGGUUGGAAUCAGAACUCAUCACAAGGGUCUUCUGUUACCAGGCAACAUACAUUGGGAGAUAGAACAAAUACAAUGACUCUACAAAACCAGGAAGAAACUAGAAAUAUGCCUGGAAUUGGAACUCAGGGGCAUCAGAGAAUAAACACUGAAAGACAAGACAGCAGGAGGCAACAGGUGUUUCAGCCAGUUACCAGAUCCUCAAGUCCCCCAGAAGCAUUGUUAGCAGUGUUUGAUGCAAGCAGUGAUCAGGUACAAUCCCAUUCGACUGUGUCCAGGCAAGAGCUUGGAAAUGGUGGGGCAAGAGCAAAAACUACCAAGAACAAGGAAAACAGGAAUAAAAAUUCUGCCAUUAAAAGGAAUGGAUUUGUUGUGAAUGCAAAUAAUGAGGACAGAUCUAGGCGAGUGCAAAGUCAGAAUAAAACUUUUUCCCCAGACUGGGAACCACAUUUGCAGUUAAAGCGUUAUGAUGACGAGGAUGACUUGACUGGUUCUGACACAACUUGUAGGAAAGUUGUGAAUCAGUCUAAACAGAGAAAGCAGAACAUAAAUAAAAAUGCAAUGAAAAAUCAAACUGUCCGGGUACCACAAUCUGGUAACAUAAAUAAUGAUUCCUUAAUGAGUCUUGCUAGCAUACCAUUACCAGCUGGUUUAGAUCCAGUUUCAAAUCCGAGAAAUAUAGACCAUAUUUACCUGAAAAAUGUUACUAAUCCACAGCAGAAUAGAGAAGUUGCUCCAGAGAAUGAUCUUGAGACAGAUUUCUUUUCUGUUCAUCAUAAAGAUAAUAGCAAAGUGCAAAAUGCUAGUCAAAAGAUAUUGGAUAAGCCAAAUAUUUCGCAGAUUCAUAAUAAUCUAUGGGAUGAGCAGAAUAAGGAGAAAAACAGGGGGAACCAAAAUAUAACACAUAUAAGAAUGGAUCAGCCUAGGAAUAAUACAGUACAAGUUGUUCAGAAUAUGCCACAGGAGCGUAGCACAACUGUUUUGAAGUUGACAAAUCCUUUGUCAUUGCCAAGGGCACUUUCUGAUUCUGGAUUGAAAAACGCUAGUAUACCGGUGGUAGUUCCUUAUGAACUUAGUAGCUCUGCGGAUAAUUUAAUGCAGAUGAAUAGCACUUCUGCUAGUGCAGGCUCGUCACCGCACAGUCUGGUAUCAACAGUAUCCUUUAACACUUCUCCAACCUCAACUCUAGCAAAUUCUUUGAUAACAGACCCGUUGAAUUUGAGUGACAGUUUGUCUUCAAAUCUUUCAUCCAAUAUUCUUUUUGGUGAUGGAGUUUCUAAUGACUAUUUAUAUGCUCAGAAGUUGCAGCAAGAAUAUGAUCGCGAAAAUGAAGCAUUGCAGCGUCGUCGACAAUACGACAUUCUCCCAGAUCAAAGAGCAUAUCUCAUUCCUGCAGAAGAGCAUUUUAACCAACAGCUGUCGCACAUUCCUGCUCCAAGUGCAGGCGAUCAGUAUAAUUCACAAGAUUUUAUAACCGCGAAUGAAUAUCAAGUAAUGAACGACAGUCUGACAAAUGACAUUGAGCCUGUCUAUGAUCCACAAGAAGAUGACAGAGUACCUCAAAACCACGAUCCAAUCUAUAUUCCCCUUGAAAGCGAAGUGGAAACUGUCCAAGAAACUGAAGAGGAUGUAGAAGAAAAUGCUAGACCUGGCAGGUCUGAGGUAGUUAUUCCACAGCAAAUACAGGCUGAUGAACAAUAUCCAGAGACAUUUCCUUCCAGAGAACCUAUUGUUGUCAGAUAUGAUGAAGGAUCUGACAGAAUUACUCAACCAGAGCACUCACCAGAGAUGUCUGACUCUCUAGUAGCACGAGGUGGUGCCAAAAGGCAAUCGUUGGGACAUUUAGAUGAUGCAGAGUAUGCAAGGAGAAUACAGGAACAGCAAGAUGAAGAGUUUGCUAGAAUGCUUCAGGAGCAGGAAAGUGAGGAUGAUCAUCACCAUAGCAACAUGGUUAACCUAGCUACCAACUUUGAGCAAAACAAUACCCGUAGAAACUAUCAGCCAUUGCAUACCAGAUUUGGUCAUACUUGGACCAACAGACCAUUGAGAGUGGGUCCGCCAAUUGGUGGUGCAGCAAACAAUGUUGCGGACAGUCGUGUACGAAGUCGGAACACCUGGGACCGUCCAUUAUUGCAGAGGCAGGACGACAGUGAAUUUGCAUAUCUCGAUAAUGUCCACAGUCUUUCCAUAAAUGAAGGUUAUGACAUUCCUCCGGGACAGGAUUACUAUUACCGUUACCAAAAUGAUCCAGAUUACAUGUUGGAUGAGAAUGGAGAAGACAGGCUAAUCAGUAUCAACCGUGAUCCGCAGUUACUGGCUACAUUGCUGAUGACGAGAGCUCCCGACAUGAUGAUACCAAACCACAUCGACCUCAAUGAUUAUGAGGCAUUGUGGGAACUAGCGGAAAAUCUUGGUGAAGUUAGGCGUGUAGGAAUGGACGAAAAUGAUAUUUCGUUGUUACCAGUGCAUACAUACAAAACACCAACUUCCGGGGAAAGUGAAAACAAUAAAACAGACUGUUUAGUGUGUUUAAGUGAGUUCAGUGAUGGAGAGAGACUGAGAACGCUACCAUGUUGCCAUAUAUAUCACAUUGAUUGUAUAGAUGAAUGGCUUAGGAGAAAUGCAAUAUGUCCAGUGUGCCGCCAGCCAGCUGUACAAAGACAGUGAAACUGUGAUCUUACAACAGAAUAACCAAGACAUUGCUUCCAAAUAAUUCAUUAAUUCUGGAAUUAACGCAUGUUUUUAUGUUGUAUACUAUCUGAAAAGUGCAUUGUGACAGCUCAGUGACAAUUGAUUGAAAUAAUCUUACAAAGAAUGCAUAUUUUUCUUGCCUUUGUGGAUGUUUCUAUCAUACAUUGAAGUGUACAAUAACGACAAAUGAGCCGCACCAUGAGAAAACCAACAUAGUGCAUUUGUGACCAGCAUGGUUCCAGACCAGCCUGCGCAUCUACGCAGUCUGGUCAGGAUCCAUGCUGUUCGCUUUCAAAGCCUAUUGCAAUUAGAGAAACUGUUAGUGAACAACAUGGAUCCUGACCAGACUGCGUGGAUGCGCAGGCUGGUCUGGAUCCAUGCUGGUUGCAAAUGCACUAUGUUGGUUUUCUCAUGGUGCAGCUCAAAUAUGGAGAAUAUCAGUUAUACACCCAUCUCAUUUAAUCACCUAUAUCUUAGAAGAUAAAGACAAUUAUAUCCUGUCGAAACAGGAAAAAUAUUGUGUGAAGUAUCAUUAAUUAAGGAAGUGAAGUAUAGAAUUAAUGCCGCAGCAGUGGUGUCAUAUUGUAAGUGUUAAGAAUUAAACUCUUAUAGUAAGAAGUAUAUGAAGUGAUAAUAAAGUGAUUUUUUUCCUUGUUUCAUUUGGAAAACCACAUUUAAAAAGUUGAGUCGCUUAUCCACACACAGAUAGGUUGUAAAAUGUUUGCCAUAUUGGUCCUGAUAUUGUUGUUGACAUAUUAUUGAGUAUGGGCAUAUCUAAUACUAUCUCCAAAUGAAAUGAGGUUUACUUGGUAAACAUUAGAGGAGAUUGGUCCCCUGCUCAAUUUGACCAAGCAGGCCAAAGUUUUCUCUCCUCCAAGCCUUUGAUUUUAUCUAGUAAAAAUCUUUAACUGAAUUUGUUGACAUUAAUAGCAAAUUAAAAAAAAAAUCUGAUGAUAUUUAUCACUCUUUUUCUGAAAAUUAGAAUAAUUUUGAAAAAAUGUAAGAGGGGAUUUUCUUUGCCAGAUUUAACACAGGAGGGGGGAGGAAGGGCUUGUCCAGGAGAUGUGUCUGUUUUCCUUACUUGGUAGAUGUGACUGACUAAUGAUUGAACAAAAAGUCAUGGAUUGUUCUAUGGUAAUUUGAAGAACUGUUUUUAAUGUAAGAAUUUUUUUGUAAAAAUUUAAGAAGUGUCGCUGAUAAUUUUACAAAAGCACAGUAGAUUAUUCAUGACAUUGUUUAUCUCAGUAUCAUGCAUCGUUAUUGUUCUUCCUUUUGUUUACAACUGCACUUACUUAAUUCAGUUCCCAGUUGUAUUAUAAAGUGUUUGGAAGAAGAAAAACCACUUUUAACAUUGCUGAGAUAACAGAUUGUACAGUGGUAUACAUGUGUACCAAACACAGAAAUACAGAACCUGAUGUAAGCUAACCUGGUGCAAUUUUUUAUUAUAGAUAUGUGCGUUUUGUUGGGUAAUAUGUACAUGUAGUGAUGUUUUAGCAAUUUUAUUUAAUCAUUGAACUUUUUAUAUUUAUAUAUAGUUGUUUUGUUUUUUAUGACAAGUAUUUAAGAAUUUUGUUUUAGGUGUUUACAUUUAUUGUGUCCUUGUUUGAUACUGAUGAAUUAAGUUAUCCUGUAAAAAAUACAGUUUUUUUUAUUCUGCUUAUAUUUAAAGGCACUGGCCUCCAGAUCGUACAACAACAAAAACAGAAAACAUUUUUAGGUAUCAGGAAAUUAUUGCUAUAUUUCUUAAGAAAGCUUUGAAACUUAAUUACUGACAGACUAUAUGUAAUGGAAACACAUGAGAAUGAGUUGUUUUUACUAAUUUUUACAGUGAAAAUUGAAAAGCGUUUGUAAUGCUUAACUCUAGGUAAGUUGCCUUAAUCAUAAAUAUCUCUGUUAAACGGUUGUUAAAUACACAUACCUUCAUAGUGUAUUGGUAAAGACAGCGGGAAAGUUUUUAUUGGCGUGGCGACUCGAGUUCGAUUCUUUACUCCAGCAUCUUUUUUUUCUUGAUUAGGCAUUUUUAAGAUAGUUUAGAAACAAAAACUCAUAUUCUAAUGUUUGUAAUAUGACCAAACUACAGUUUUAAAGGAAAAUCAUUUGUAGCAAAAAUCUGGAGGUCAGUGCCUUUAAAUACAGAAUUCAAGGACUUUCCAAGUAUAUUUUUCAAGACUACAAAAGACAAAGGAAGAAAUUAAUUUCAUUGUAAUUUUGAUAUUGGUGACAGUAUUUAGAAUGCCUUAAUAUCUCUGCUUUAGCUGAAACAUAUACAGUAAAUCUCUGAUAGCAAACUUGGAUAUAAUGAAAACUUGGAUAAAAUGAACAAUAUUUCAUUGUAGUACCUGAUUUUUGCCCUCUUUUUUUCAAAUAAAGGUCUAUGGAUACAGACCUGUUUAUACUAAAAACUCGGCUAUAAGGAACCCAUUUUUGAACCAAGGGCAAUAAUUCAUGCAGGAAAUUUAAAUUAUUGCUUAUAACGAAAAUUUUCAGAUAUAUUUUCAUCAUUUCACAUGAAUAUUUUUUUCCAUAAAUCAAAAUUAAAGAAUUUGAAAUGCUUGUUGCUGAAAUUAAACGUGUAACACACACCAGAUGAUUAUAUAAAAGCGCAAAUUACACGUUUUAUCACGUUUGAUGUAACGGGAGUGAAAUAAAGCCUUCACAUAAAAUUGGUAAUACAGUAGUGUCAUAAAGCUUUGACAUCGAAGUCGUUUAUAGAAUAGUAGAUGUUGGUCAAAUUGACUUGUUUAUAAUAGUUAAAAGAUAGUAGGUUUUUUUAUGUUUCAACAGGAAAAGCUAACAUGUGAUAAAAAGAAUAUUACAUUUUUGACUUUCCACGUUAAAUUUAUUCAACUCGUUGAAUAAAAUUGAUAAAAUGCUGGACAGAGCCUCGCAUUUUAUUAUUUUAUUCAACUCGUUUAAUGAAUUCAAUAUGAAAAGACACUCAUGUAAUAUCCUCAAUAUAUAUCAGCUUAGUUUUCUUUAUAGCAAUUCGAUUAAUAUAAAUAUAUUGUUUCAGAAUGUAUUUUGUUUAAAAAAACAAAAACAAGACCACUUGAAAUGCAAUUUUCUUUAAUGGACUGGUUAUUUCAUACAAACUAGACCAGAAAUAACUAAAAGAAAACAUGAUUUUACCACAGAAUGUCAUUAAUAUUUAUCAAAGAGAUUCAACUACACAUAUGACAAACUGGUAGGUUCAACAUCCAUGUAUAAACAAACUGUUCACUACGCUAUACAAUCGUCUAAGGUCCGGAUGUGUUUGCUAUAUCCAAGUUUUAAUGUACUUCAACAAUUUCCUUUAUGAUCUUUAUAAAUAAUUUUUGCGCAUUGAUUUAUAUACAGAAAGAAGGCAAAAACUUUAAAAACACAGCUGUUUUUUCUUAGAUAUGUGUGUUUCUUUAUUGGAUGUUAUUGAAAUUUAUGGUGAUUUAUGUAUCAGAAAUACACUCAAAGCUCAUAAUAAUCUUGUUUUUCUUAACCUUGAGCCUGUUAGUUUUCUAAAAUGGACUGGUCCAUCAUUCAGAUUAAGGAAUACCAUUUAUUAUUAGCUUAUCUGAUUUUUUUGAAAGAAAAUGAUGAGUUAUUAUCAUCACUUGAUUGACGUUGGCGUCGGCGUUGCCUGGUUAAGUUUUAUGUUAAGGUCAGCUUUUCUCCUAAACUAUCAAAGCUAUUGCUUUAAAACUUGCAACACUUGUUCACCAUCAAUGCCUGACUCUGUACAUCAAGAAACAUAACUCCAUCCUGCUUUUUGCAAGAAUUAUGGCCCCUUUUGGAAAAUAUCAGAUUUCUUGGUUACGUUUUAUGUUUAGGUCAGCUUUUCUCCUAAACUAUGAAAGCUAUUGCUUCAAAAUUUGCAACACUUGUACAUCAAGAAACGUAACUCCAUCCUGCUUUUUGCAAGAAUUAUGGCCCCUUUUAGACUUAGAAAAUCAGAUUUCUUGGUUAAGUUUUGUGUUUAGGUCAGCUUUUCUCCUAAACUAUCAAAGCUAUUGCUUUAAAACUUGCAACACUUGUUCACCAUCAAAAGCUGACUCUGUACAGCAAUAAACAUAACUCCAUCCUGCUUUUUGCAAGAAUUGUGGCCCCUUUUGGACUUAGAAAAUAUCAGAUUUCUUGGUAAAGUUUUGCAUUAAGGUCAACUUUUCUCCAAUUGCUUUAAAACUUGGAGCAGUUAUUCACCAUUAAAAGCUGACUCUGCAAAGCAAGUACCAUAACUCUACAUUGCCUUUUUGCAACAAUUAUGGCCCAUUUUUGACUUAGAAAAUCAUGGGUAUGACAAUAUUUCUAUUAUACGUAGACAAAAAAAAUUAGAUGAGCGUCUGCACCCGCAAGGCGAUGCUCUUGUUCGAAGGGGUGUUCACUGAAAAUUUUUACAUAAAACAAGAUAAGACUCAUAUACUUUGAUAGUUCCUCUUUGUUCCUUAUAGUAUCUUUCUCAGUUCAAAAUAUGUUGGGUUUUUUUGGUGAAAAAAUACAUAAGGUUACGCUACAAAUGAUAAAACAAAACUGUAACGAAACAUUGUAACUUGUCUUUGAAAUGUCAUGACGUCCUCCCUGUUUAUGGACGUUGAUUUGCUAUGCUUUGUUUAAAUAAGCUACUGUAAGAAAAAAGUGCCAUAAAGAAAAUCACACAUUUGAUUUUAUUUUUACUUGUUGAAUAUGGCAUGCAAGAAAAAGAUUCUAUCAUUGGCUGUAGUAGCUGAUGGGAAUAUCCGGCUCUCGGAUAACGGGAUAAACAGUUACCCUCGAGUCGAAUAUUCCCCAUCGCAUGUACGACCAAUGAAAUGAUCUUAUAUUGCUAGAUUUCAUAUGAAAGUUAUUGUCCAGCCAUUCAUAAAGGUGAAAUUCCUUUUUAAAAUCGGACAUCUAUUGAAAAGGGUAGGACAAUUCGAAAUUUUAGAAAAAAGCUUACCACUGAGACAGCUGUUUUAGUGUGUAUUUUACUUAUUUGGCAAGUUAAUUUUUGAAAUUUUAAUUAAUUUCUAUAGUUUCUCGAGUG